AUGUCUGUAAUGUACUCUGACACUGAUGUCUAUGACGUCAUUAGUGUCUUAGGGAAAGGAACUUUCGGAGAAGUGGCAAAAUGUUGGAAAAGGAGCUCCAAUCACUUUGUAGCCAUAAAGAUUAUCAGGAACUACACUUUCCGCAAAGGGGUCAUCAAGUGUGAGUUAAAAAUGCUGCGAAUGUUGGGAACUGUGGAUUCAGACAAGUUCCACAUUGUUCGUUUUUUUGAGUCCUUUAACGAUGACACAAAGUUAUGCCUGGUGUUCGAACUCCUGGAGCAGAGUUUGUACGAGUAUCAGAAGGAGAACAAUUUCCUCCCUCUGCCAACCAAGCACAUUCGGUCGAUCACCAAACAGGUUCUAAUUGCUCUGCAGAAACUGAAGGAGCUCUGUAUUGUCCACACAGACAUCAAACCUGAAAAUAUCAUGCUGGUUGAACAGGCUCAAUUUCCUUUCAAAGUCAAGGUGAUUGAUUUUGGUUCAGCCUGCAUAUUGUCUGAAAUUCAGGAAAUUAAAGGACCAUACAUUCAAUCUAGAUUUUACCGUUCCCCUGAGAUCUUGCUUGGCUUGCCCUUUUGUGAGAAGUUGGACAUGUGGUCUCUCGGUUGUGUUAUGGCAGAGUUACACCUUGGGUGGCCUAUCUACCCUGGGACAAAUGAGUAUGACCAAAUCAGGUACAUUGUUGAGACGCAAGGGCUCCCAAGCAACCACCUGUUGGAAAUAGCCAGCAAAACUCACCAUUUCUUCAAAAAAGCUCGCCAAAUUAAUUCCACCUACCAGUGGACACUGAAAACAGUAGAUGAGUAUCAAGCGGAGACCAUGGUACAGCCGUUAGAGACCAGAACAAGAAACAUCCAUUCACUCGACCAGCUUGCAACCAUCAACCUAAGCAAAACUAUGUUCCCAGAUAAGGAAUUUAAAGCUGAAUUGUUCGAUCAGCAGGCAAUGGUGUCACUCAUAAAGAAAAUUCUCACCUAUGAUCCAGGACGGCGGCCUGACCCUAAUGUAGCCUUAAAGCACCCCUUUAUUACCAUGCAAAAGCUCAAAUCAAAAUACAAACACACCAAGUAUUACGAGGCAUCGUCACAAGCCCUCUGUGCAGCACUACGCUACGAUGAAAGAGAAAACAAAAAGCAGGUUCUUUGCUGUCACCGAUUCAAACAGAGUCACCACCUCAGUACAGAGUCAUAUCCACAGGUCCACAGGCAUGAAGAGCUUCAAGUCACCCAUCAGCAAGCAGAUACCGAUGACAUGGAUAGCUCAACUGCCAAUGAUUUUGAGAAACAGAAGAACAACAACAUGAAAUCUUUUCCCGAAGAGAAGACGAACUUGAGCAGUAAUGUGAGGAAAGUAUCUCAGCGUCGGUCAAGACAGAACACCGUUAAGCUGCUCGGACGAAUGUGGUCCAGACCAAGGAAAUCAGCUCCCACUGAGCAGCCAAAGGAAAGUGCAUCUUCUGUCCCUAUACUGCGAGGGAGGUCCUUAAAACAUCAGCACGGAGAGGGUGGUCUGCUUCUGGCCAAGGAGUGGAGUGCAUUAAGUGUUGGCAGCUGGUCACCUCUUCUACACAACAGUGAAAAUGCGGCAUCCCUUGGUGUUUCUGAGAAAGAGCAACUCAACAGUAACUCUGCUAAAGCUGAAGAGGAAGGAAAUAGGAACGUGACCAUUGGAACUGAAAACCAUUCUGCCGGUGGAAUUAAGAUUGCUGACAAGGCAAAAAGUGAAAUCCAGACUCUGAAAGAUUUCAGUGGGCAGGAUAGCGUUGGAAAGCAUUUCCUAAAGCAGAAGGACCUAAAGUUGGCUGGAUUGCACUUGGGGAAGAGAAUUACUGGAAGAUAGAAUGCGAGGAGAUCAAUACCAUGCUGCAGGCAGCUCUGAAAGGCUGUUGGUGUUCAAAUGUCAGGAGGACUCCUUGUUUGUAAUCAUUUGUAUCCUGAGGAACUCGUUUUCUGUAUUAUGAUUCCAAAAGCCCAUAGUGUCUGAGCUUUUUCAAAAGAAAAGCUGAAGAAGUUGCAUUUUUUAAUAUAAAAGUAAUCUUUUUCUAUUGCGCUAAGAUUUUUAAUGACUAUAUAUAUGUAUGUGUGUUAGUCAUCGUGUUGGUGACGUAGCUAAUAAAUCAGUUACCAUUUCCAUUA